AAGAACGACGCGUAUCUGGUUUUCCAAAGCGUAACUGUUAAAAAAGAAAAGAGUUUCGAAAACGCAUUCUUCAUCUGUGCGAUUCGAUGCAGAGUCCAACGCAGAGCCAAGUGACUCUAAACGCAGAGCGACCACCGAAAAACGAUGAAGCAGAAGCACAACAUCAUUUAGAACUUGAAGGGCCUGAAGAAGAUGAUGAUGAUGAGCAACAGGAUAAGCACUUAUCGAUGUCAAGCUCCUCCUCAAUCUCUUCGUGUUCUCAAUCUCCAACCAAAUUCCCUAUUCAAUCCACUCACUUCUCCAAAUCCCCAUCCCCUCCACCACACGAGUCUCCUUUACACGAUUCUCCUUGGCACUCCACCUUCACUUGGCUCCAGAACAGGUCCCCCAACACUCCUUCGCCUCUGGCCCUGCCCAACAGAUCCUUCCCUGCCGAGCCUUUAACCAGGAUUCAGGAUCCCCAGACCCAAGAUGGGUUUGUUUCCCACGCUGAAGAAAGUCCAGAAGAAGCUUCUGGUAGUGGUGGUGGUGGUGUUGGUAGGUUUAAUAGGAGAAAGAUGAUACCGGACUUAACCAGUAGGAAAUGGACGACGACGUCGAAAAAGGAGAGCGGUGCGAUGAGGGUUUUGCUGGGUUUUAGAAUUUGUGUGUUUUGUUUAUGCUUGGUCUCUUUCUCGCUUAUGGCGGCUGAUAAGGAACAGGGUUGGGCUCUCGAUUCUUUCUAUCGCUAUAAGGAGUUCAGGUAUUGUUUGGCAGUGAAUGUGCUGGGAUGUGCGUAUUCUGGGCUGCAAGUGUAUGGUCUGGUCCGGUUCUUCACCACCAGGAAACACGUAGUUGACCAUAAACUACGUCAUUACUUUGAUUUCUUAAUGGAUCAGAUACUGUCUUAUCUUCUGAUGUCAGCAUCUUCAUCGGCUGCAACUCGUGUUGAUGACUGGCAAUCCAACUGGGGCAAAGACAAGUUUCCUGAUAUGGCCCGUGCCUCGGUGGGAUUGUCAUUUGCUGCAUUUGUUGCCCUUGCUUGCAGCUCUAUAAUCUCUGGUUUCAUCCUUUUCACUCCAAAAUCUUUAUAGCUUCUGCUGCCUAUAUCUUCUGAUGUAUAUGAUCUUUUCAAAGCUAUGUGUACAACUUUCAUAUAAAUUUUUGGUCUUAUUUUUGUCUGUUGAAACCGAAUAAUGGUUGAUAAGCUUUUCUAGAGUUAAUUCUAAAGAAACGUAUGAUGUAUAGUUAAGUUUGUCUUUUACACUUGGAUUAUGAGCAAAUAAAUAGGUAGUUGAAUA